AUGAUGUUGCCAGUGACCAGCAGCAAUGACCUCUUUAACCAGCCUCCCCCACUCUUCCCCACUCUGAAGACUUACACCAUACAGCCAUUCCUGCAGGAGAAUAAGAAAGCUUUGUACACCAUGUGCAGAGAGCUCCACAGUGCCAAGUUCCAGGAGAAGGAUCAAGCUGAUGUUUACCCUGAUCUUAUUGCAGACAGGUUCCUGGGCCAUUUCCUGGCUUUGUCUCCCGACUAUUGCUUCGUGCUGGAGGACGAGGACGGGGUCUGCGGCUGUGUGUCGGGAGCCCUGGAGGUCCGCUCGUUCCUGAAGGGGUGUGAGGCAGCUUGGUUUCCUGCCAUGCAGGAGAAAUACUCCAAACCUACGGCCCUCCAUAACCUCACUCCAACACAG